CCAGUCUUUUCCCCAUCCGCACUCCAAUCCUGCUCCUCCUCCAUGCCUCUCUGACGCAACCUCGCCGCCCGCCUCUGGUGCCGCCCUCUGCCGCGUGCUUGCGCGUCGCACCCUCCCAUCAACACCAACUUCAACUUCGUCAGGCCUCACCCAACUAACAACCUCUCGCCAGCCUCGACUCCCCCCACCACCUUCUUCCUGCGCCCACUGGUGGGCUGCGCCCCUCUACUCACCACCUUGCCUCGCCUAAUCAAUCUUCUGCUUCGGCCGCGGCACUCGUAGCCAUGGACUUCUCCGGCUCCAACCUCUCGCCCCAGCCCAAUGGCGGCGCCUACGACUUCUCGACUGUCUCGUCCACCUCGACGCCCCAAGAUCUCUUCGACCCGCAUCCUCAGCCUCCGUUGGCCAACCCGCCCACCAGCUAUGCUCCCACUGCCGGCCCGCCGCGCACCACCAUGCCCAUGACCUUUACUCCAACGGGGCCCAUGACCCUCGACCCCUCUCUGCCGCCCUCCGAGGCCCUUAAUCCGCGCUCCUGUGUCGUCUGCCGCAAGCGCAAGGUCCGCUGCGACAAGCACAUGCCCUGCGGCAACUGCCGCAAGGCAAACAUCCAGUGCGUCUUUCCCGCGCCCGGCCGCGCCCCUCGGCGCCCCAGGCCCAAGGACCCAAAUGCGCCACCAAAACAGGCCAGCGAGCGCGAGGUCGAGCUCAUGAAGCGCCUCCGCAAGCUUGAAGGCAUCGUCGAGGACCUCAGCGGCCAGGUCGAGAUCGAGACCGCAAAGCACUCGGGCAGCAACGACGGCUCCCCAACUGCCGCCACCGACUCCGCCCACGACGACCGCCGCCUGAAUCUCGAUGCUUCACAGCGCCGCGCCCCUCACUCGGAUCCUGGAGAUACCGUCAAGGCCAGCCGGCGCUCGCUGGACUCGGGCGUGUCGAGUCCUACCAUUGGCGUGCGCAGGGACUUUGGCCGCCUCGUCGUCAACGACAGGGGCAAGACUAAAUAUAUCAGCAAUGCGUUCUGGGCCAAGGUCAACGAUGAGAUCAACGAGCUCAAGGCGCAGACACAACAGCUUAGCGAUCCAGACACGGACCUCUCAGAUAACGAAGACUCGCCAGAGACGCACGAAUACGCUGUGCAGGGCGACCACCAUAGCUUCGUCCUGGGCUACCGGUCGUCUGAUGUCGACCUGAGCUCCCUCCACCCGCCACAAACACAGAUUCCCUUCAUCUGGCAGGUCUACGUCGACAACGUGGAUCCUCUGGUCAAAAUCUUGCACGUACCCACGAUGAGCAAAACCAUUCGCGCGCUCAGACACAACAUGAGCGACCUUUCGCCUGCCAUGGAGGCCCUACUUUUCUCCAUAUACUACUCCGCCAUCACUUCCAUGGAACCCGCAGAGGUGGUCUCCACCCUCGGUGUGGAGAAGGAUGGCCUCAUCAACCAGUAUCGCUUCGCAUGUGAGCAGGCCCUCGCCAAAGCCAACUUUCUCACAUCCACGGACAUUGUCGUUGCGCAAGCCUUUGCUCUCUUCCUCGUCCUCGUGCGCCGCCACGACGAGACAAGGUUUGCCUGGACUCUGACCGCCGUCCUCACCCGGAUGGGCCACUCCAUGGGUCUGCAUCGCGAAGGCACCACGCUCAAGGGGCUCAAACCUUUCGACGUCGAGAUGCGCCGCCGACUAUGGUGGGCCAUGUGUGUCAUUGAUUUGCGAGGCGCCGAAGACCAGGGAACCGAGCUUAGCAUCCCGGAAGGUAGCUUCGACACACGAUUACCACUGAACAUCAAUGAUGUGGACAUUGAUCCAGAAUCGACCGAUUUUCCAGAGGAGCGCGUGGGCGCGACCGACUCGACGUUUUGCCUGGUGCGUUUCGAAAUCUGCAGCUUCGCACGAAAAGUGUACAUCGCACACAGCGGCAUCGAAGGCGCCGCCCAAGACAGUCUUGGCACCGUUGCCGAACGCGAGGAGACGCUCGAGGCUCUCCACAAGCGGAUAGACGAAAAAUACUUGCGCGAGUCUACGGACAAGGCGAACCAUCCGCUGCAGUGGACUGCCGCCACCAUACAUCGACUCAUCAUGGCCAAGAUCCGCCUGAUGAUGUACCAGCCCUUGUUUUCCACGUGCGAGUCGGAAGAAGUGCUCUCGCAAGAGAUGCAGGACCGGAUCUUCCUCGCAGCGGUGGACCUGGUGGAAUAUACCAAGGUGCUCAACUCGGAACCAGUAUGCCGGCAAUGGCGGUGGUUAUUCCAAACCUACACCCAGUGGCACGCCGUCGCUUUUGUCUUGAUCCAGGUCAUUCGCCGCCCGUGGUCCGCAUCGAUCGAGCGUGGCUGGCAAGCGCUCAGUGCCACAUUCAUGGAUCCGGAGCCAGCCGACUGCACCAUGGCCUCUGUGCACGCUUCGGUCUGGGUUCCAAUGCGCAAGCUCAUGAUCAAAGCCCGGCGACAUCGGGAAAAGGAAUUAGUGCGCCUGCGCGCAGACCCCGAGGCUGCGCGACAGCUCGACCUGGCGGAAUCUAACCGAUUGCUACCUGCCAGUUUCCGGCAUCUCUCAGCCUCCAUGCGCAAUGCGCAGGCCCAAGAAAGAUGGCGCAAGCUCGUCGGCCGCGAGGGGCUCGACCCCAAGACUGAAAAUGCAAAUGCCGUGAGCGGCAACAACUCAACAUCCGCAGCCUCUUCUCAAGCCCAGGUGGUACCACGAGGCGAGCCGACCCCACAGCAACAAGAAUAUCUGAACCAAGUCAUGACGGACCCGUCGUUUACAACAUCCAAUUUGUUCGACGCCGCUUUUCCGGGCGAGAGUACGAUGGAUCAGCUGCGCCAUGCAGCCUUUUACGGAGGCAUCUUCGCCCCUGGCGCCUACGAUCCGAACGGGACAGGCUCUGCACAGCAGCCUGCACAGCAGCAGCAGCCACAACAGAACACGAUGGGCUUCAUUGGCAAUGCAGCCAACCUGACUGGAACAUUCAAUUCACCAAGUAGCAAAUCGUACAGCGGGCCGAUAACACCGGCAAAUGGUGCAGGCGCCACGAGCGGUGUCAAUGGCAGCAAUAACAACAUGAUGAACCCACAGGCUGCCCUCACACCCUUACUGAGCGAGAAUCCCCCAUCCUGGCUGUGGACGGAGCAGUGGGGUAGUGGCCCCGUGGGCGGAAAUGUCGAAGGCGUGGAUCCAGACGUCAACAUGGACGAGGACUUUAGUUGGCAGAACUGGCAGGAUACGCUGCGUGGGUUUGACACGGAAGGGACCCUUGGCAUAGGCCGGACAGGAUUCAUGGGUGGGAUCUGAGUUGUAAUUUGGCAUCCGUGAGGGCAGGGUGUUGUUCAUUGUUUGCUGCUUGCUCGGCUUUGUUUGGUGUUUGGAGUCACGAUGGCGUGGCUGGGCCGACGGCGCUUUUUUUUCUUUGGGAACGGCAUCACAUUUUGGCAGUUUCACAUGCUCCUUGGGUUCAAGAAUCUGCGGGCGCUGUGGUAGACGAUUGUUUUAUGGAGAUGCUCUGGGAAGGGUCCGCAUGCAUCGCUACAUAAUUGUCAAACUAGCAGCCAUUCUAAGCCCAGCAAUCAUGCCACUUCUUAUGAUGGUCUAUGGUAAGCAAGCGUAUGCACGCAGUAAGGAACGCUAUUUGCCAAGGACUGGGUGUAUGUGUCCGUAUG